AUGCUUCCAAAUAAUAAACAUAUACUACCUUCAUAUUUCGUACUAAUUAUAACAGUUUUAAAUUUAGUCACUGGACAAACUAAUGCUUUGUUUUUCAAGUUACCUCCAAGCUCUACAGAAUGCAUCAUCUUUCAUGCUAGACUAUCAGAUCAUAUCACUGGAUCUUAUGAAGUUGAGGGGAUUGAUGGAAGUGUGAGAGUUUAUAUAGCAGAUAUCCAAUUUGGAGAAAGAAAGCUAUUUGAUAAUAUUAAGAAAACUGGUCAUUUUAGCAUAACUAUACCCAGUAGUUCAAACUAUGAAUUAUGUUUUAAAAGUCUGAUGGGAUCCAUAGCACAAACUAUAAGCUUUAAUUUUAGGAACCGAUCUUUAAUCUCCGCCUCAAAUCUAAUGACAAGUAGUGAUUCUAAACGUCUACAAGAUUCUAUAGAGAAAUUCUAUGAGAAAAUAUCACUUGCAAGUGAACAACAAAGCUACUCACUUACUAGGAGAGAUUACCAUAUGAAAGGUAGGUUUGGUAUCAAAUAA